AUGCAGGAAGUGGUGUCGCAUCGCCAAUUCUAUACUCUGGAAGGCACCGAAUCUCAGCAGCUUUUGUAUGAGAGUGGAAUUCCUCUUACAUCAGCUCUGGACACACCACCGAUAUUCGAUUACCCGGCAUUUUUAAACAUCUUGGAAUAUAAAUGUUUAUAUGUAGCGGCACACAAUUGGCUAAGUAAACAGGGAAUGGAGGAUAUUGAAGUUUAUGAAAAUGACCGUCUUGGUCAUUGUCAUCUAUAUUUACUUGUCAAUGAACUUUGCAAGCUGUUCAUGAGCAGAUGCACCGCCCUCGAGAAUAUUAGUUUCGAUGACCCAGAUGGCAAUCGACUCGAGGUAAAUUUUGUGAUCAACCUACCGCAACUGCCAAGAGCCGAAACGGCACUGGCAAACCUAUAUUCUUUCGGAUGCGUUGGUUGUCACGAACCUAAAAUUACGAUGAAAGCCGCCCAAAUUUGCAAGUUCAUCAAAGUGUUCUAUAUCGACUGUUGCUGUACGGAUAACGAAGGGGUGGCUACACUCAUCGAAAGUCAAAAGAUUCCGCUGGAAGGAAUUUUUAUCGAGUUUAGAGGAAAUCGAGUGGAUCUACCGAGACUCAAGGAAGCAUUUCAGAACAAAGGUCAACAUCUCAAAUGGAUGUCCAUAAAAUGCUUGAACUUUCCGCUGGACAUUUUCGGCAGUUGCGCGAAACUUUCGGAGCUGUGGUUGAGUGGAAAUUUUAAUGUGGCACCCGAGACUCUUGAAAAAUUUGUGAAUUUUCAAUUCCCAAACCUAAAGGAGAUUCACAUAAUCAUAGAUGCCGUUCAUAUUAACCAAAUUAUAACAUUAAUUAUGAAUAGUCAUAAAAAUAUUGAAAUAAUCGAGUUUCGAUGGCGUUUCGCCUUGGAUUCCUAUAACCUUACGGCAUAUACCGAAUCCAUCAUAAAUUAUUGCCCACUAAUGACAUCCUAUAAGGGAUUUUACUCUGCCGAGAAAGUGUCUUAUCUGCCCUCGUUGUUUAAAGUGUGUCAGGGACUGACAGAAUUUCGAAUUAUAUGGAGCUCAGGGAAUAAUUGCGAUAUUAGCGAAGUUUUGGUUAGAUUGGGUAAAGUUUUGCCAAGCAAAUUGAUAAGAUUUUCGCUGCCGUCAAAUUGGAGUUGCACCGCCGAAGCGCUGGAGUCUUUUUUGGAGGAUUGUGCAAAGCAAUUGACGAAACCGUUGUUAAUUGGUAUGUACGAUCGAACUUUUGAGCACAGUGAACUUUUUGAUCGAUACGUGGAGAGGAAUGUCCUUGGGGGUGUCCUUCCUGAGCUUUAUACACUUUAG